CUUGGGAGCGAGCGGAACGGGUCGGUGGUGCGCAGGUGUACCGCCUCCUUUCUCAGUGCGCUUGCCCUCCGCGCAGACUGCCACGGCGACCCCCGACGACAACGAAACUAGUCAAGAAGUCUGUGAGCGAAAGACCACCGACGACCCCGAGCUGUUCGAGAUACCAGCAGACAGUGCCGACACGUUCCUGAAAGUGUGUGCCUCCUUGCGACGAGUGCGGCUCACCGUGUCCACCUGGUAGUCUCGGCACCAUGCCGGCUGUGCGCCAUCGGCCGCUGUGAUCUAGAAGACGCGCGUCAUCUACUUGUGGUCCGUGUCCAUCUGCUGCUGCCGCUUUUCGAAAGUGUGAUAGACACGGCUGGAAGCCGCAGCGGCGGCUCGUCGUUUCGGUCGAUCGCUUUGUGGCUGCAGUCAUGCGUGGGCCAACGCUGGUGAUCGCCGCCGCCUUCGCGGCGGCCCUGGUGCUACCUCCGUGCCUGGGGCACGUAGCCCUAACCUUCCCGCCGGCGAGACGGUACGACUUGGACUUUCUCGACAACGGCCGAACCAAAGGGCCCUGCGGAAUGCCCAAAAGUGACAUAAUCACAACACUACCUGUUGGUGCCACAAUCAAUGUUACAUGGCAUUUGGCAUAUCCACAUAAGGGGGGCUUCAAAUUAGAAUUGCUUGAUGCUGAGGAGAAGCACUUACAAGAUCUGACACCAUCUUCAGAAUUCCUUGGCUUGGGUGAUGCUACGGCGCAGAGCUCAACUGUUCGUCUUCCCGGGUCAGUGGCCUGUCGGGGCUGUUCAAUUCGCCUCCUGCGGCAGGCGUCAGAGUGGGGUGGAAAAUACCUGUUCUGGAGUUGUGCCGACGUUGACUUGGUUCCAGUGCCAGAAUUCAACGUCAUCUGCUCUGGCCAUGGGAGAAUCGAUGGCGGCAGGUGCCACUGUGACCAUCUCUACUCCGGCAACGUGUGCCAGUACAAAGAUGAGUGCUGGAUUGACCCGGAUUGUGGACCUCAUGGGCGCUGCGUGAACAUUGACGCUACUUCAUACCCCCGAACGCAGUGUUUUUGCGAGAUGGGCUGGUUUGGAGAAGGAUGCCUAAAACAGUCACCAAUCACCCGUGAAGGCCUGAAGUGGUCAGCAUAUCGAAGCAAGAAACUCUCCGACACAUUCAGCUUGUACUGGAAAAUUCUACCACAAAGCUCAGAAAUCGAGAUGGUCAUGAAAGUCAAGGGCACGUCUUAUGCUGCAGUUGGAUGGAGGCCCAAGGACACCACAAAUGCUUGCAAAGCUUUUCCAUCUUUGCCAAUCCAAGAAAAGCGCUCAAAGCGUCAGGCUCCUGUCGACACACAUUAUGACGAUUAUGCAGACGAGGAGUCCAGUGAACCAGCCCAAAAGCAAGAGCCCCAACCAACACCAGAGCCAGCUCCUGAACCAACCCCUGAGCCAACUGCUGAACCAACACCAGAACCAGCAGCGUCUAAUGUGAAGGAGCAUCCGGCUACACCCGAGCCCGCGCCUAAGCCAGAGCCUGAACCAGCCCCAGAACCAACUCCAGAGCCUGAGCCCACAUCGUCAUCACAACAGGAGGCCGAGUCGGCAGAGAGUCCAGUGCACAAACCCGCUCCAGAACCUACACCAGAACCUGCCCCAGAACCAACUGCAGAACCGACUCCUAAGCCUGAACCUCGAUCAGAACCAGAAGGUACACCAAAACCAGAGCCAGAGCCGGCUGCAGAGCCAAGCCCUGAGCCAGCACCAGAGCCAGCUGCUGAGCCAUCCCCAGAACCAUCCCCAGAGCCGGCCCCUGAACCGGCACCAGAGCCUGCACCAGAGCCAGCACCUGAGCCGGCACCAGAACCUAAAGCUGAACCAACACCACAACCUGAACCGGAGCCAGAGCCCUCUGCAGAGCCAAAGCCAGAACCAGAGCCCAAACCAGAACCAGAGCCAGCACCGAAGCCAGAACCAGAACCUAAGCCAGAGCCAGAACCAAAGCCAGGAGCCAAGGGGUCAGCGAAAGCACCAGGUGGAAAAGCUGAAGGCCGUAGCCUGAACGUGGGUACGGGUCGAUACCCUCCAGUCGGGCCUUACACACCGCGCGCAGACUUCCAUCCGAUGGAUUGCACAGACAUCAUAGUGGGAGCAGCGAGGGGAAACCUGAGCCGUGUUCAGGAUAUGUACACUCGAGACCGGUCCACUCCACGUACAGACGCAUUCUAUGGCGGUAAAGACGAUCUCUCGGCUGCAUUUGCAUACGAAGAGGAUGGCACAACUGUAGUCUUCUUUCGCAAGCCACUGGCAGCCAACGAACUACCAGAUCAACCGCUCAAGAAUGCACCCACCCUACUGAUCUGGGCUCAAGGACAGGAACACGGAAACUACGUGCACUCACCCAAGACGGGCCUAGACGAAGGCCACGCUAGCGUGCUCGACUUUUAUCGAACUGAUGAACUCAAAUACCACGGCCACAAGGACCAAAGGGGAAGUACCGUCAUUAACUUUCAUGGAGAGACGAGACGAGAUCCAUGCCAGGGAGAGUGGCGCUACCCAUCAACGUGUCGGGGUGACAGCUGCACAUACACCGCCAGCUGGCUGGCUAAUCCACACACAGAGGAAGUGUCCUUCGAAAUAAGAUCUAAGAUUGCUGACCGGUGGACUGGACUUGGGUUUUCGGAGGAUCGCCGCAUGCCUAACACAGAUGCUGUCAUUGGAUGGGUGGAAAAGAAUGGCCGGUUCUUCGUAUAUGACAUGUGGCUGUCAGGCUAUAAGGAACCAUCAAACGACGUUCGGUCAGACCUGUUCAACGUGAGUGGCGAGCAUGCCGAUGGCAUGACCACGCUUCAUUUUGCACGCAAGUUCGACACUGGCGACAAAGUACAUGAUCUUGCCUUCACCGAAGGCCACUGCCUCCACCUGGUGUUCCCCGUUGCGGGGGGCACCUACAACAGUGUCUUGCGGAAGAUUGGCCGUCAUGCACAAAAUCCGGCUAUUUCAAAGACGACACUGUGCCUCCAUGGUUGCCGUGAGUCGCCACCAAAGAGGCCUCCACCCCCGUCCUUGCCGCCAGCAGAACAAGGACCAACUGGUGCAAGCUCAGAUGCGUGCUCCGGCUCCUGGCGCUUUCCCGAUUCGUGUGCUGCUGACGACUGUGAGUACACGGCCAGCUGGCACUACCAGGCUUCUUCAGACCAAGUGUUCUUCACCAUCACCACACGUAGCAACAAGUGGACAGGCAUUGGCUUCUCUACAAACAAGGCCAUGCCAAAAACAGAUGCCAUCCUUGGCUGGGUUGAGGAGACUGGACGUUACUUCAUCAUGGAUGUUUGGAUGGAGGGUUACGAGCCUCCUCUGCUGGACCCAGUUCAAGAUGUGGCGAACAUGUCGGGACACCGCCGUGACGGCCGCACCACGCUGAGCUUUGCGCGACAGCGCUACUCUGACGACGUCGGCUACGACUUGGACUUGGACCAAUGCCUGUACUUGGUGUUUCCGACUCACGGUGGCGUCUUCAAUGCCGUUUCAAAGAAGAUCAGAAAGCACGAGCAGCGGCCCCUCAUUUCCGCCGAACCUGUUUGCUUCACAGCUUGCCAUCCACAAGCUGGUACCAGACCACGUCCAUCGCCGGGAGGUGGCACUAAGGCCUCAACACCAGCAGAAGACGGAGGCGAAGGCCCAAGCAUCACUCCGCCACGGUAUACGCCGAAGGGUGGGCCACCGCAAAAGCCGACAACACCUGCACCACCCAGUUUGGAAGAGUACCACCUGCGGUUGCAAGUGCUGGAACCCUGGCAGGCCAGCUAUGGCGUGCGUGGAUCGCGGCCUUACUCGCUCCUCUCUCAGCAGCUGACUAAAGGGCUGGAACCAGCCCUGAACGAAGUGUCUGAGAAGCACCAGAUCAAGCUCAAACGCCUCAUAAGGGAGCCCGAUGGUGUGGUGGCCGAAAUGCAGCUGCUGUUGCCAACAGAUCGCGAUUCUCGGGCAGUAGAGGAGAGCCUUCGCACUGCCCUGUUGCCGGGACAGCUUCUUGGAGGCUUGCGUGUAAACCCAGCAUCUCUUCAGCUGCAUGUUGGCGAUGCACCCGAGUCGCGUGUGCGCCAGUCCUCCCUUCCAGGUUCCGACUCAUCGGGUGAAGAGUCGUCCAGUGAACAGAUCAAGCUCUACGCCAUAGUUGGCGCCGUUGCUGCCCUCGUUUUCCUGCUGCUGGUGCAAGCGGCUUCCAUGGCCUGUCGAAAGAAGCUGCGUACCCAGCCCCCUCCGCCCAACAGGGAAAAAUUGCUGACAAGCUCUCACUGGAAGGACUACUCCACCACAGCCAGUAGCAACUACAGCUACGAGAACUUUGCCCUGCGGCCCGAUGAAGAUCUGGGGCCCCCUGCGGGUGCACCGCGUGCUGCCAGCGUCACCUACGACCGGGGCCCCGCCCGCGUGCCACCUCCCGCCACCAACCCAUAUGCUACUGCCCAGAGGCGGCAGCCGCAGGAGAUGAAUCCCGACUUCUACUUCAUGCCACACCAGCGUCGUUACUCCGGCGAGGUGGUGCGAGUGUUUGUGGACUACAGCAACCCAGAGUACACUGGGGCACCCAAGUGAAUGUGCCAGCUGGUGACGAGAACUGAAAUGGCCACGGCGAACUGUUCGGUGAACUUGCAGUGCUGCAGUCGCCAAGUGGCCAAGCCAAAGCACGCCUGCGGGUCUAUCAGGCAUGCCAGUGGUGACGUGUGAUUUGACGCCGCAACGACAGCUCUGCCUUUUCGAAGCUCCAGCUUCUCUGUCACAGUCAUAGAAAAAUCAACGACUACCGAGUGACUUAUUUAGGCUGACGAGGCACAGCAUUGAGGUGAUCUUGCCAAGGUAUGCCCGCAGGUUCAUCGGGCAUGCCUGCACCUGGGUUACAGUGGCAAAGCCAUGAGCCAUCAAACUACACAUUCGCACACAAACAGUGCACCAGCAGAUCAGUUGAGUAUGGUGCAACUCUUUCUUUCCCUGCAUCACACACACCUACAAACUUCACGAACUGUUCACAUUGUUACAGCUGCAUUUUGAUGUGUGUGAGAGGCACUGCAAUACUUGCCACUCAAAAGAAGUAAUGCCUGCCAUUCAUACUUGUCAACAUCUGUUGCACUAUUCAAUGUACCUGCAGCUCACUCAAAACCUGUCAACACAAAUUUGUGUGGCAGGAAAUAUUCUCAGGCUUUGCAAACCGCUGGAAACUUCAAGCAGCGAAAGUGCAAGUGUGCUGUUGUGGUAAAGCAGCGAUCCCUGGUUUAUUUCCAAUUUCUGGCUGACGAAGUCAAUGUUCAUAUGAGACGGCAUACGAAUGUAUCAACUCACUACUGCAGCUGCAGAAUAACCCCACCCUUUUUUUUUUCGUGUGUGUGACUCACUAUCACACUUAACAGCGCAAUAGGCUACAGCCUCAAAAACCGCACGGUGCACACUGCCUCAAAGACUGGGGCAUAACUCUGCAAGCUGUACUGCAGUUUAUUUGCCUGCGGUAUUACCACUAUUCGCACACGUUAGCUCAGCACGUUAAAACACAAUGUAUGUGCCAAGAGCAACUGCUGCAGGACUCUUCCGUGCCUCGCAACUGCCAAAAGAGCCAAGCGCCAAUAAACUGGCCUCUACAACAAAUGCAGAGUCUGAGAUGCAGGCUCUGCAUCUCAGACUCUGCUACACUCCACAACUGCCUCCGCACAGCACCUGUGAGCAAGGAGGGAACGUCGCAUGAUGCAUGCUUACUCCAAGCAGUUCUGCCAAAUUUUAGUGCAAAACUAUGUUGCAAAGUCAACAAGCAGCCUCAGGAAUGGGUGAUAAGCAAAUACUAGAAACAUCUGCAGGUUAGCAUUACAGGCUGAAGCGGUGCAUGUUACCAGUGAUCUGUAUCUGAGGGUACUGGUCACAAACAUUGCAUGUGCCUAAUAAUGCAUGCAGGUGGCCCGGUGCACGUGACUUUGUAGUCAUCAUCAUUGUGGUUUCAUUCUGGUGUAUCUUUUAACGAGGUCUUUCACGCUCGCUUGCUUCCAGAGGAGGUGCACUUGUUCUUAUUAAGGUCACAGAUGGUGCUUGACUGACUAAGUACCGUUUGGCAGGUCAUGGUAAGGUCAUAAAACCUUUGUAAAUAGCAGCCUACAUGAAUUCCCAGCAGAUAUGUGCAGCUGGGUAUCUUGUGAUACACCAAACGCUUGAAAAGAGAAAAAUGAGACAUCGAAUAGUGAAAUUCGCUAACCUGGUAACGUACAGACAUGCUAGUUCCUCUACUAAUCCCUUAUUGAUCAUUCCACAACAGAUGGAGCAGUUAUACUGGCCAAAAUUAUUUAAGCAGAUAGAAAAGCAUAUGGGUGCAAUUAGUUAAAGUUGACUGAUGUGUACUAUCAAUAGUUGUCAGGAUGACACAAUGCAUAUGCAACAUGGCUAAGCAUGAAUUUUGGAAACUAUAUGGGUGGUACAUGAUGUUUCAUUUACAACAGUUUUAACUAAAUGGAAAUUUUGACUUUUCUGUCCUAAACUUUGCAAUAAUUGCCUGCAUCUGAAAGGGAAUGCAUAUUGCUCAUUUCACAUAGAUGAAGAUUCAGUUGAGAAAUCCUGCUUCAUUUACAAGUCUUGAUUUAUAUGCUGAACAAGUUGAAGACAGCUUUUUGACUGCAGUCAAGGCAUGUCCGAGGAAAAUGGUAUUGGUUCUAGUGGCUUCUGGGUAUGGCCAAAAAUUCUGUACCAAUAAAGGUGUGGAAACAGAG